UAGGUACGUCCGCUUGUCCUUCCUCCCCUCACCUCACUAUACAGUCCCUCUGGCAGUAGGGCGCGCAACACAACACACUGACAGACGCGACUCACAAGGGGCGAAGAUGGAGCCCAGAGAAACCGACUUCAAUAUACUGCUGGCGACCGACUCGUACAAGGUAACCCAUUACAAACAGUAUCCCCCCAACACGAGUAAGGUGUACUCCUACUUCGAGUGCCGCGAGAAGAGGACGGACCCGGGCAAAAGCAGGAAAGUCAAAUAUGACAAAACCGUCUUUUACGGCCUGCAGUACAUCCUUCACAAAUACUUAAAAGGAAAAGUAGUGACCCCAGAGAAGAUUCAGGAAGCGAAGGAGGUGUACAGGGAACAUUUCCAGGAUGAUGUUUUUAAUGAGAAGGGCUGGACUUACAUUUUGGAGAAAUACAAAGGACAUCUUCCCAUUGAGAUCAAGGCAGUACCGGAGGGAAGCGUCAUUCCUCGAGGCAAUGUUUUGUUCACCGUGGAGAGCACAGAUCCCGAAUGCUACUGGCUAACCAACUGGGUGGAGACCAUCCUUGUUCAGAUCUGGUACCCGAUUACAGUGGCGACCAACUCCAGAGAGCAGAAGAAGAUCCUUGCCAAGUACCUGAUGGAGACCUCUGGGAACCUGGAUAAACUAGAGUAUAAACUACACGACUUUGGCUACAGGGGUGUGUCCUCACAAGAGACUGCUGGCAUUGGAGCCUCGGCCCAUUUGGUGAACUUCAAGGGCACGGACACAGUCGCUGGGAUCGGAGUCAUUAAGAAGUACUACGGCACCAAGGACCCAGUGCCAGGCUUUUCAGUACCUGCUGCUGAGCACAGCACCAUAACAGCAUGGGGGAAGGACCACGAGAAGGAUGCCUUUGAGCACAUUAUCAAGCAGUUUCCCAACGUGCCUGUGUCCAUCGUCAGCGACAGCUACGACAUCUACAACGCCUGUGAGAAGAUUUGGGGGGAGGACCUACGAGCGCUGAUAGAAACCCGCAGCGCAGAUGCCCCGCUGGUCGUUCGACCAGACUCAGGGAACCCUCUUGAUACAGUUUUGAAGGUUUUGGAGAUCCUGGGUAAGAAGUUUCCUCCAAGUGAGAACUCCAAAGGUUUUAAAGUUCUGCCUCCGUACAUCAGAGUCAUCCAAGGAGACGGAGUUGACAUCAACACACUGCAAGAGAUAGUGGAGGGCAUGAAAGAACACCAUUGGUCCAUCGAGAACAUCGCCUUUGGAUCCGGAGGGGCAUUGCUGCAAAAGCUGACCAGAGAUCUGCUCAACUGCUCGUUCAAAUGCAGCUAUGUGGUGACUAACGGCCUGGGGGUGAACGUGUUCAAGGAUCCAGUGGCAGACCCCAACAAGAGAUCAAAGAAAGGCCGCCUGUCUUUGCACCGGACGCCGAGCGGAGACUUUGUCACUUUGGAGGAGGGCAAAGGAGAUCUGGAGGAGUAUGGGGUGGACCUGUUGCACACAGUGUUUCAGAACGGGAAGGUUGUGAAGAACUACACAUUCGAUGAAGUCAGAGACAAUGCCAAGCUCAAAGAAAGCGAGAUUGCGGAGCUGCUGCACUGAGUGCAGUCUUCCUGGACCCCCACCAUACUUGGUUAAUCCCAUAAAAAAAAAAUUAUAUAUAUAAAAAAAAAAAAAAGCCUAAAGAAGUUCCUCCCUACAGAUCUUCAUCUUUGUACCUCCAGUUCCACCCUCAUAAAUGGAUUCAUUUGCACUGCUAAUAUUAACCAUUCUCUCCCAAAUCCUGAGAACCUCAACAAAUGUUCCUACAUAUAAAACCCCCUGAAGAUUUCAAAAAUUGUUUACUUAAUUUUGAAAUACAGAGGGAUAAACGAGAUAAAAUGGCUUUCAAAGAUUAAUACCCCCCCUCUCCAAAAACAAAAGCGAAGUACAUCUAUGCGAGGUAUAAGCAUACAUAAAGUAAAACGUUGAAACCAGCCGGCUCAGUGUGUUGCUGCUUCAGUUCGAGUUUCAGCGUGUUGCACUAACGGGCCAGAAUAUUUCCCAGCUCGCCGAUGGGCGGCGUCUCCCUGCCGACACUCAAAGCGAGGCAGAUUGUGACAGAGAUGAAUCGCCAGACACUCAGCAGUGACAUUUCUUUGUGUCUUUCUGUACAAAACUGCUUAGAAGGAAAAAAAUAGAAAAGAAAACCCUCAAGUUUUAAUUGGCGCCACUUUGUCUUUUAUGUGAAGGAAGAACUGGUAUAAACUGCUGUGCACUGAUAACACUGAGAUACGUUGCUCCACCUUGAAUCCUAAGCCCUUUAAGUGUAAUUAUAUAUAGUAAUGUCACAUUCCCCACCCCCCCCCCCCCCCCUCCACAAAUUUCUUGCUUUUAAUUGGUAAUUACAGCCACGCCGAUAGUAUGUACGCUGCCAAUACGAAUGCAUCGCUGAAGGUGUAGAAACGAUCAUCUCUGUGUCGUUAUGUUGCCCAUAGUGCGUUCUUAUCAUGAAGAUCCGAAAACUGUCUCCAAUGAAAAUAAUGUCUCCAUUCAGGAUGCUUGCGGUUGGUGCGUAUGGAUGCUAAAUUGAGUAAUUCGAUAUAAGGACUUCUUUAGAUCUUCAUGAUGGUUGGCGCACAGCCUUUUGUGUAAGAUGAUGUUAAAGAAAAAAAAAAAAAAACAUAAAAAAAAAUUGCAUCUCAAAGGUCUUCUUCACUGGUAUGAAGAUGACGACGUUGUGUUCAUGAAUGAUUCUAAUCGUGUGGUUCCCCGGGCUGAAACGGAUGUUAAAUGUUUGUCCUGGUGUGUGUAUUCGUGAGUGUGUGUGUGUAUACAGGUAUUUUCUUCCUUUUUAAAACAAUUGUGUAGUAUUCCUUUUAUGCAAACGCGAUUAUGGGUGGAAGGAUUAGAGACGACUCAAAAAGGUUUGCCGGCCUUGAGUCUGUAGGGUGGGGGGCGGGAGGGUAGUGGUGGUGUUGUGAUGGCGAGGGCACGGGGGGUGUGGUCUUUUUGUAGUUGUAGAGACGAGCAGGUCAGCAAACCUCCAGUAUCACUGCCUUAAGUCCGUCGACUCGAACGCCCAUUUAUCCAUCGGCUCGGUUCACUUUCCAGCUGUCCUGAGCCGCUUUAUCCGAGUCGACCAUGCUUCCAGGCGCCGAUGGGGCUCCCUUGGCUUUCUUGACCUGCUUCCUCAGGCUUGGACUUUUUACUUCUGAAGAGUUGCAGGGGAUUUCGGAUGAGUUCAGAGCUGGCGACAUCACAGGGAACGUAAUAUUGGAGUGGGUGGUUUUGCAGACUGAGCAGCUGGUAGUGACCUUUGGAGAUGCACCCGUCUCUGGUUUGGUGGAGCUUUGACCCGCCGAUGUUGAUUUUAGCCAAUCCUGAUGGACAAGUCACUACAAAAAGAAGGUGCAAUUAGUGUUUUAAAGCAGACUACACUUUUUAGAGUUGAUAUUGUAUGCCCUGUCUUCUGGUUAGCGCAGUUAGCUUCUAAACAAGCUACUCAAAGAGCCGUUUCCUUGUGUAAUCCCUAAAGGAUGUGGUUUCAUAACUUAACUCUGCAAUUCCCCCUUCCCAAAAAGGCCGUCAUGAUCUCCAAAUCCAGUAUCUUCCACCAAAGACAAGUUUUAAAGUAAACUGGUAAAACGAGGCAAAUUUGUUGUGCUCUUAUUUAGCAUAUGUGAAGGCAUCUCGUCACCAAAAUGGGAAAAAAAAAAAUCUUACAACUCUGCUUCUAGUGACUUAAGAGACAACUGAGUAAUGCAUCUUCAUUCAGUAACAGCAUCCACACCAAAGAGUGUUGUUACCUAGCCCUGGCAGCGCUUUGGUACGGUGGAUUUGCUCAUCGGAAAUUAUUAGGUUUUACCCGUUUAGGGUCAAGCUAAAAAAAAAAUAUUUUUUUUAGGUGCAUCCCUGAUGCUUCUUUUAAUAGUAGUAGGCAAAUAUUAACAUUCUCACUAAGAGGGUUGUUGUUUAAACUUUUUCUAAACGUGAUUCAGCCCGUCUCCCCAGCCGCCCCAGCUCCUAGUCGGUUUAGUUGAAACUUGAAACUCCAAGAAACUGCUUCACUUUUCGCCGCCCUGCUUAUUUUUGCUUCGCUGUCGCAGUUAUAUUUGCCUCUUCUUUUCUCUUUUUCUUUUUGGGGUUUCCUGCUUUUCUGAAAAAGACCUGUGAUGUCUCCAGCUCCUAUUCACGCUGCUGAAACACAGAAAAGCCGGUGAAGACCACAGCUUUCUGACCUGCUUUUCUUUUUUUUAACCAUCUGUUGUUGUUGCUGCUGCUCUUCUGUCACAGUUAUUCGGUUUUAAUGACAGUAGUUGUUUUCUUUCUUUCCUAAUAUGAGGUGCAUUCAGUAAAAUAUUAUUUUACUAUUUUGAUACUGUCUCAGUUCUUACCUCAGAAUGAAUAUUAUUUUGUAUGACUAGGGAGAAAAAAAAUAUCACAGUAAAUAUCCUUAUUUACAACCAAUGCGGCCAUACUGCCUUCUCACUUGUACAUAGAACAGGGGGGUGCAACUGAAAGCAGAGAGGGAAGGUUAGGUGGAUGACCACACUAGAUACUAUUAUUUUUGUGGGAAAGACCAUUUUUGUACCAACAGAAGAAUAUCCAAAUAGCCUUUUAGUUUCUGCGUGAGUGUAGUCCUGUGUGAAUGCCGUGUUGUGUAAUGGAUGGAACAAAAAAAAACAAAACAAAAAAAAAAGUGAUUGUGAAUACUUUGGUUUUCUUUAUGUUGUUUCAAUCGUAUGUAUAUGUUGUUCCAAAUGUCUUUUUGUUUUUUUUUCCCAACACAACUGAGAUUUUAACUAACAUAACUUGCUAUAUUGUCAACAAUACACUGAUUAAAAAAAAAUGCCACCCCUCUCA